CCGCCGCGCCGCACCGACGGCUACGACCACGACGACUGCCGCCGAGUAGGAGUGCUCCGCCAGUGCUCAGUACGCAAACGGCCGCCGCCGCAGAUUGUCGUGUUCGACGCGCCGAACGAUAUUCGCACUGUGUCAGCUGCUCCUCACAUUAAUAUAUAUUUGCGUAAUUUUUAAUCGCAAUAAUAAAAGACUCGUGACCGUAUACCACACACACCGACGAAGACGAUUUUCGACCAUGGGGCCGAUCUCUUGCCGUUGACCGCGGCUCGACCGAACUUUACCGCCCCUCACACAACCCCACCCGCGACCCAGUAUUACCGCCAUCGCACUGUUUUUAAAAUAGACAAUAAUACAUUCGAUUCGUGUUUUUUUUUUUUUUUAUUAAUUAUAUUUUAAAUUUUUGAUUUUAAAUUCGCGCAAGUCGUACGGCCAACGCGAUAUGACCGCCACCAACGGGUUCAUCAUCGGCGACGGUUCUUGGAACCUGCAGAUCUACGUGUCCGAUCUGCAGGUGGAACGGACGCUGCGGGUUAAGGGUGACCUCCACAUCGGAGGGGUCAUGCUCAGACUCGUCGAAGAUUUGGACAUAGCCAUGGACUGGUCGGAUCACGCUCUCUGGUGGCCAAACCGUAACUCGUGGCUUACCAGGACCCGGUCGACAUUAGAUCAGUAUGGAGUGCAAGCUGACGCCAAGCUGCAAUUCACCAGAAUGCACAAAACUGCACGCAUCCAGUUGCCUGACCUCCGGUAUGUGGACAUGCGCGUGGACUUCUCCAUAAAAACGUUCAACGCCGUCAUACAGAUAUGCAAAGAGCUGAAUAUCAGACACCCAGAAGAGCUGUCGUUGAGCAAGCCACUGGAACCGUAUCAUCUGAAGCACAACAUGAAGGAAAUGCAAUACAACGGCGGUCAAACGCCAUCGGCCGACACCAACUCGUUCGCUAUCAACAGCCACAGCCCGUCCGGCUCCACCGGAAGCCUUGACAUGACAUCUUCGCCGUUCAUAUGCGCUCCACUCAAACAUCAUUCUACGCCGAUAAGUUCACCCGUGUCUCAAAAUGGCACUUGGAAGAAAGGAUACAGCAAACCGGAAAUGAACGGCAACGUAACGUCACUGGAAAUGUUAAAUGGCUCCCUCGAUACAUCUUUGGCCAACAGCCCACUUUCGCUAAAUCAAGAGGUGCGAAACAAAGUCUUGAAACCAAAGUCGUUGGUAGAAAAAGCUAGAAUGAAUGUGGCAUGGUUGGAUUCGUCACUUUCGAUCAUGGAACAAGGCGUCAGGGAAUAUGACUUGUUGAAAUUACGGUUCAAGUUCUAUUCUUUCUAUGAUUUGAAUCCCAGGUUAGAUUCUGUACGCAUAAAUCAAAUUUACGAACAAGCCAAAUGGAGUUUGUUAAGCGGUGAAAUUGAUUGUACCGAAGAGGAAGCUUUAAUGUUUGCUGCACUACAAGUACAAAUAAAUCUAAAAGCCAGUGUACCACAACCGCUUAUGGAAACGUCAGGCGGAGACGACGAUAUCGAUGCUGCUUUGUCAGAUCUUCAAAUUACGCUUGAAGGGUUCCAGCCACAGAGCAAUGUAAACAAUUUGACCCAUGCACCAGAGUUGUCUGAUUACUUGAGAUUUUUGAAGCCAAAAAAGUUUACACUGAAAGCGUUUAAACGGUAUUGGUUCACAUGCCGAGAUUUGCAUUUGCGGAUGUACAAAACAGCGGAAGACGCCGAAGUCGGCGCCCUUCCCGUGCACAGUGUCAGUCUGAAGGGAUGUGAGGUGACACCUGACGUGAAUAUUUCACAGAACAAGUUCGGCAUAAAGCUGGAAGUGCCCAGUUCAGAUGGCAUGACCGAGAUGUGUAUCAAAUGCGAGAGCGAGGAACAGUACGCAAAAUGGAUGGCUGCUUGUAGACUGGCGGCAAAAGGACGCCCGUUAUCCGAUCACUCUUACGAGUCCGAAGUCAAAUCAAUCAAAGCGUUCCUCGAGAUGCAACAUCCGUCGAUUAUCCAGUCGCCCGUCAUUAGCCCGUCUUCGUUGGACAUCACGGUCGAGGAUUACAUACCGCACAGGUUUUCCAGAAAACUCAAGGGAAAAAUGGUUCAGCAGCGCAUACUCGAAGCUCACGCCAACCUCAAGGAACUGACUUUGAUGGAGGCCAAAAUGAACUACAUCAAAGCGUGGCAAUCGUUACCCGAGUUCGGCAUCUCGCUGUUCGUCGUCAAGUUCAUGGGCCACAAGAAAGAGGAGCUGCUGGGCAUAGCGUACAACCGAUUGAUGCGCAUGGAUAUCGCUACCGGCGAUCACAUAAAAACAUGGAGAUAUAACACGAUGAAGGCGUGGAACAUCAACUGGGAAGUCAAACACAUGAUGGUGCAGUUCGAAGAGGGCAACAUAAUAUUCGCCUGCCAAUCGGCCGACUGCAAAGUGAUACACGAAUUCAUCGGCGGUUACAUAUUCUUGUCGAUGCGCUCCAAAGAGGUGAACCAAACGCUGAACGAGGAGCUGUUCCACAAAUUGACCGGCGGCUGGUCAUAACAUGGCCACGAGUGUCACGUCGGCCGGCGUAGGGCGAGAUGACGACCAUAUCAUUCGUCUCGCUCUACCCAUCCUCGUACGAAACAAUCGAACAAACGCGAUACGGAUGGAAAUAGAAAAUGUACAUAUUGCGCAUAUUAUAAUGAUAUUUAUUUAUUUUUACCUCGAAUUUAGCCGGCUGCACCGAAUGUGUAGAGCGGCAAGUUUCGAGGGCGAUAUACGAUAGAGAGGGGAGGUCCGUUUGUUUCCUUGUUUACGUUUUUUUUUUUUUUUUGUAAAUUAUUAUAUUAUUAUAACAAAUUGCGUUAAUAUGUUGUUUGCCCGUUUAUUGAUAUAACAUGUUUUAAACGAUUAUAAUAUAUAUUGUUUAUUUUCGUUGCGUAAUAUUAAACAAAAGUAUUAAAACACUUAGUAGUAAGAAGUUAAUAUGAUAAUAAUAUUUGUACUACUAUACAGUUUUUAGCGUGUAGGCAAAAUAUAGAUUUAUCAUAUUUUAUGUAAUAUAAUAUACAAUAUUAUGAUAUUAUAAUAAUUAUUAUAAACUGCUAAUAAUAUAGGUUAAUGAUAUAUGUAUGUUGUUAUGUAAAAUGUGCGCAGAUGCUAAAGGGUUGGUGCCGACACGAAACGUUUCUUCUGUUCGUUUGGCUUCUGUGUUCUUACUAAUAACUAAAAGUAAUAUUAUCGUUUAAGAAUAACAACAAAUUUACAACAUUCUGCGUCUAUCGUUAUAAUAUAAUAUGUUAUAUUAUCCGCGUGUAAAACAAUAUGUAUUGUCAAAAUAAUGUUUAUUAUAUAAUACAACACGGAAAGAUUAGUUCGUUUUAUUGUGUAAAGUUAUCAGCUUAUAUUUUUAUUACAAUUUUAAGUCGAACAUUUACUAACAGGGAACCUUUACAUGGGUAAUUGAUACCUAUAGAUUUCUGUUUUAUAUUUCUAUGACAAAACCACAGUCAUAUACACGGGUUUAUUGAUUGUUAAAAAACAUUAAUAAUUAUUUUUUUUGAAAUUUAAUUUAACGGUAGUAUUUAUGUAGUAUAAUAAUUUCACAAAUACACUAGUCUAUUAUUGUGUGUUUAUAUAAUAUAUAUAUAUAUAAUGUGUAUGAAAAAUCCUGAUUGCGCCACAGGUGUUAUGUAUAUUUACAUGUAUAUUAUUAUGUUUAUAUUAUAUUUUAUUGUCAAAUAUAUAUAUAAUAUAUUUAUACAUAUAUACAUACAUAAAUACAAUAAUAGAUUAAAAGUUAUUUUUUCUUUCUAGAUUUUACUAUUAUAUAAUUCAAGUAUAAUAUUUUAUUUUUAGUUAAAAAAAAAAAAAAAACAUAAAUUUAUAAUUAUUACAACGGUGCUUUAUACCAAAAUUGUCUUUAUAUAACACUGUUAUAACAUUGUAACUUAAUAAUAUUGUUGUUGUCCUAAUUUUGUUUUAAUUUGUGAUUUUUUUUUUUAUGUAUAUAGGCUAUAAUAUAUAUAUAUAAUUUUAUUUUAUAAUAUUAUGUUGAAAAACUUCUAUUAAAAAGGAAAAUAAAUAUUAACGCAUGUAAGAGUCUUCUUUUAAACACGCGUUAUAUUUUCAAAAUUUAUAACGUCCAAAUUUUAUUAACUAAAAUUAAAUCGCAAUUUAUUAUAUUGCUCACCAUAUUAUUUGGUUGUAUAAAACUAUAUUUUCUGAUCAGAAUAGGUAACGAUUUAUUUCGCAAUAGUUAAUUCACUAUAUUUUACUGUUCAAAGAGUGGACUUGAAGUCCCGAUAAUGUCUAGAUAGUAAGUUAGUAAGUAAUCUAUUUACUUUAGAAGAAUAUGUACUACGUAAACAGAAAUUAAUUGAAGUGCUAAGCCGAUUAAUUAAAACCAUCAUAUUAUAUACUUUUCUGUGGUUUAAAUUAGCAGAACAUAAAUUAACAAAAUGUGUACUGUAAUAUGUAUAAUGUAUAUUGUAUAUGCUUUACUUCACAAUAUAUUUCAACAAUUUAAAUAAA